GAUUCCGGUAAUACUUUAUUCAUUUCUUUUUUAAAUAGUAAUUCUAUUUCAUCUUUCGAUAAAAAACAAUAAUCCAUAUGGUGGAAUCAUGCAAAAAUCAAGAGAAUCCUUACGGCAGGGCGAGGUUGUUACCAGUCGGAAAUCGAAAUGACCUUUUUUUUUUCCCAAUUCAUUACAUUUCUUUUUUUUUCCUCUUUUCCUCCCUCUUUCCGGACAAAAUAAAAUAAAAAUGUCACGCGUUUUAGAAAAUCCUUUGGCUUCACUUGAUCAACUCACUUGUACUCCAUCUCAACAUGACAAUAUCCCCGAACAACUGGAAGACGAUUUAAGAAACUUUGGUGCUGAAUUAAUUCAAAGUGCUGGUAUCCUUUUAAAAUUACCACAAGUAGCUAUGGCUACUGCUCAAGUCUUAUUCCAAAGAUUCUUUUUUAUGGCAAGUUUGAAAAACUUUGAUAUUAUAGAAAUAGGAAUGGGCGCUUUAUUUUUGGCUUCAAAAGUAGAAGAAUCAACUAUCCGUAUGACUCACUUAAUCACAGUAUACGAUCAUCUUAUUCGACUAGCCCAAAAACGAUCGACUUCAUCUCCUUUAGAUGCUUUUUCUCAAAGAGCAUACGACUUGAAAGCAAAGACAAUCACUGCUGAAAUGUAUAUACUUAAACAACUUGGAUUCAAUGUACAAGUACAACUCCCUUAUAGUUUGAUGAUCAAUUAUCUACGUAUUUUGGGUUUAGAAGAUCACGAAUCCGUACCAACUCGAGCUUGGAAUUACUUGAAUGAUAGUUUGCGAACAAUACUUCAUGUGGCGUAUACUCCUCAAGUCAUUGCUGUAACCUCUAUAUGGUUAUCAUGCCGAGAUGAACAUAUCAAGUUACCUAUUGAUCCAGGUCAUGAAUGGUGGCUUUUAUUUGAUGUGAAGGAAAACGAUAUCAAGACUGCUGCUGCAAGAAUUAGACGAUUAUAUUAUCAACCAUUGGAUAGGGAAAAUUUACCAUUAACAAUACAACAAGUAAAGGAUUGGAUAUUAUAGGCUCAUAGAAUAAAUUAGAUACCAUAGAAAUAGAAUAGUUUUUUUUUUUU